AUGGACUCGUCAAAGGCCGUCGAUAUCGAGAAACAAGUCUGCACUGUCCAAGAGGUACACCUCAUGGAUGAUAUCAAAACAUCUCCUCAGUCGUCCUGCUUGGCCACGGCUCCCAUUACCCGCGAGCCUCAUUCGCCAGCCCCCAGCCCAACCCCUGACCCUGAUGCAUCACUUGAACACGAUUUCGUUCCCCCAGAUGGUGGAUGGCGAGCCUGGUCUCAAGUUCUUGCCGCCCAUCUCGUCAAUGCAAUGUCGUGGGGAUAUGCCGCCUCAUUCGGCGUGUACCAACUCUACUAUGUCGACACCCUUGGUCUGCCCUCCGCCAAAGUCUCAUGGAUCGGCUCUUGCCAGGUGUUUCUGACCUUUGGUACCUGCGCCUUUUCCGGCCGUCUUGCCGACGCCGGGUACGCUCGAGAAACAGUCAUAUUAGGCUCCUUCUUCGCCGUGCUGGGCUCUUACAUGACGAGCUUUUGCUCAGAGUAUUGGCAGAUAUUCCUCGCCCAGGGAGUGUGUACCGGGCUAGGCCUGGGAACCAUCUUUGCGCCAGCUAUAUCCGUGGCAAGCUCAUAUUUCAAGAAGAACAGAUCCCUGGCGCUGUCUUUUGCGGCUGGAGGCACCUCGCUGGGAGGCCUUGUGUUUCCUUCCACGGUGCAAUACUUGAUCCCCCGCAUAGGGUUCCGAUGGGCUGCCCGAUGUGCGGCGCUUAUUGCUCUUACUAUUUGCGGUGGCGCGUGUGCUCUGUUGAGGCCAUGUAUCCCUGGCCGAAGGGCAGGUCGUCUGAUCGAGUGGGCGGCCUUCAAGGAGCUUCCGUACUCGUUGUUUGCCGCUGCGUCGUUUCUGAAUUUCUAUGGCAUCUACUUUGGGCAAUUCUAUAUCAACAGCUUCGCCCGCAACAUUGUUGGAUUUUCGUCCCUCGAAUCCGUCAACCUGCUCCUCCUGAGCAACGCCGUGGGCAUUCCUAUUAGACCUAUGGUGGGAUACCUGGCAGAUAAUUAUUUCGGCCCAAUUAAUGUCUUUAUUGUGGCCACUGCCUUUGUAGGUAUCAUGCUGUUUGCUUGGGUUGGCAUCUCGACGCGCACAAGCAUGUACGUCUUCAGCGCCUGCUUUGGAGUGACUAUCGGCACUAACCAGGGCAUAUUUGUCCCUUGUUUGGCGAGCCUGACGAAAGACCCCCAGAAGAUGGGAAUUCGGUUUGGCAUGGUUGAGACUCUCUGCUCCUUUGCCACGCUCGCAGGCCCUCCCACCGCCGGAGCCAUCAUUGAUCGCUCGGGGGGCGAGUAUGUUUCGGCCCAGAUUUGGGGAGGCUCGGUCAUGCUAGCUGCCUCUCUUCUUGUUGUGGCAUCUCGAAUCGCUGCGACAGGAUGGAAGUGGAAAGUCACAAUUUAA